AGCGCAGCUGCCAGCUAGGUCGUCUGUUUCAUUCGGAGAGGCUAAUUUCUGAUGCUCUCUGAUCAAUGCUUUCUGAUCCUCUGUGAAAGCAAUGCUCAGGCGAUUCAUGGGGUUUCCUGCUUGCGCCUCAGCUCUACCCAACGUUUCCCACACAUCGUCCACCAUCAAAGGGGUUGCUGUCACCCAGCAUAGCGGCAUAGUACCAGCACCUGCAUGCAUAGCCACAGCAACGCUGCAAAAGUCUCCUCAGCGGACUGCAUUCAGGCCUGACUCGUCUUUCUUUGGUCGGGCCAGGGUUUUGAGAUCUGAGCUUUCAGGUACCCAGUGCAACAAUUACGCAUCGAAGCGGCUGCAGAAGAUUGCACUUGGAACUGUUCCAAGAGUGCGACCCGCUGGUCAGACAGCGAGACCAAUUACAGCAAUGGCCUCAGCCGCUGUUGAUCAAGGGGAGGUGAGGGCUGAUGAGGGGCCCACACCGGCCAGUCCGUCUGGGCCAGGAUACGAGCUGAUUGGGAAGAGUGGUGUCAAGAUCAUUGACAUCGCCGCGAAAGGCCUGGAGGUAACAGCAAACAGUAUCUCGGGGCUGCGAGUGGAGCCUCUCCCGGGACCGUCCGCUUUCGUAAAGCCGAAGAGCAUCUACUUUCAGCAGCAAACACGAAAGAGAAGAUGGGACAUGGUCGAGUCACACCCAUCGGUAUCCAUUCUUUUGUACCAUAAAGGAUUCAAGGCUGCGCUUCUAGUCAGGCAGUUCCGGCCGGCAGUCUACGUUUCAGAAACGAAGAGGGUGCAACUAGAGGAGGGGCCCACUGCCACCCUUCCGCUCACAGGAGCUUUCACUUACGAGCUGUGCGCUGGCAUCGUCGACAAGCCUGGCUUGAAACUAGAGGAGAUCGCAAAGGAAGAGAUCAGGGAAGAGUGCGGGUACGAUAUCCCCUUGCAAUCUAUCCGAAAGUUGACGUCAUGGCUGUCAGCAGUUGGCAUCAGCGGUGCUCGCCAGACUUGCUACUAUGCGGAGAUCGAUGAGUCGAUGAGAGCCGGUAGGGGAGGGGGAAAUCUGGUAGAAGGAGAGGAAAUUGAUGUAGUCGCUCUGCCAGUAGACCAGAUUGACAAGUUUAUCAUGGAUGAGAGCAUCCCCAAAUCGACAGGGGUGAUCUGA